ACUCGCGGUAGUCGCAUUCGAGACGUCGCCGUAAGCCGCUCAGCAGCAGCGAGAACGUACACACUCGCGUUCGCGCGCGAAUUUUUCUCGUCGCGCCCGCCCCGCGCGCAAUAAGUAGGUACGCGAUCGGUUUUUUUUUGGUUUUCGUACACACGUAAGUACGACCGUCGUGAGAUAUCGUAUUUUGUGUAACACAAUACAUAGUACUCUUACAAAAUAAUAUUUAAAUCGCAUUCGUCGCGAUCCGUUUUACGCUCGACAAUAUACCUAUAUAUAUAUAUAAUAUUAUAUCGUUGAUAGUGACGCCGCGACGGACGGACCGCGAAAAGUGAUAGUAUAACAUCGUCUGCGUCGGCGGGAACUUCCGGACUCGAGGUUCGUCUUUCCCGACGACGACGAGAAGACUGCUGCAGUUGUACAGCAGUGCCUAUACACACCUUUAUUCGCCGACAACGACCGUCGACCACUGCAAUUUUUCAGAACUAUAGGGUGAUUUCGACGCACGGGCAUUAGCGUACAAGAAACGGCAACGGGGUUCGGUCGGAUGCGCGACGACUUUGAUCUUCAGCUGGUGCGGCAGCAGCAGCAGCAACAACACUUGCAGCAGGAAGACGUGGUCGUCGCCGACGACGACGAUCAGCGGAGGAGGAGUAGACGGCGGAUGCACCAGCACCAGCAACACCACCACCAGAACCACCACGACGACGACGACGACGGUGACGACGGUGACGACGACGACGACGACGACGACGACGAAGACGCCGGAGAAGACGCCACCGACGACGGUGACGGCAGUGGAAGCGGUGUCGGUGUCGGCGGUGACGAUCGCGGCGGUAACCGUCAUCGGCGGAACGCCGACGCCAGCCGACCGGACGCCGAUCGGUUGUUGAACGACACGGACGAUACGGACGACGAAGCCGACGUCGUCGUCAGCGGCGGCGGCGGUGGUGCUAGCGCGUGCGGCGACGCGACUGCCAACGCGACGGCCGACAGCACCGGCGACGGUGGUGUUGGUGCCGACGACGACGACGACGACGACGACGACGAAGACGUGGACAUGAUGAUGAUGAUAGAUUCGGGUAGACAGCCGACGGUCAUCGGUGGCGGCGAGUCUUCUUCGCCACCGCCGCCGCCGCCGCCGCCGUCGCAGCCGGCCACGCUCGGAUCGACCAAAGCGGACGCGGCCACGACGUCCUCGUCGUCGUCUUCGACGACGACGCCGCCGUCACCGCCGGCCACUUCGUCGUCGGUGCCGAUGCCGUCCAUCGCCACCAGUACCGCGAGUACCACCGUCGCGGGCCAACAGCAGGACGAUUACGAUAUGACGACAACGGUUCCCAGUGUCAGUUAUAGCGGAAUUGGCGACGGUUAUCCCUCUUCCGUACCGUCAGUGGGUCUCGCCGACAUGAUUGGCGGCGCCGGCAAUCAUCUCCACCCACAUCACCAUCACCACUUGCUCCUUUUACAUCACCAGCAGCAGCAACAGCAGCAACAACAGCAGCAACAACACCACCAGCACUCCCAUCCGUCGCAGCAUCAGACCGGCGGAACCGCGGCCACCGGAUAUUACGGCGCUGACGCAGUCGGCGGCCAACAUCACCAUCCGUCGGCGGCGGUGCUGCCACUGCCACCGCCGCCGCCGCCGCUGCCGCUACUGCUGCACGAACAACAGCAGCAGCAAAUCAGUGGGGAUUUGCAGCUGCAACUGCAGUUGCACCAUCAGCAUCAACACCAGCACCAGCAGCAACAGCACCAACACCAGCAGCACCAACAGCUGUUGCAACAGCACCAACAUCAGCAACACCAGCAGCAGCACCAGCACGAAGACUUGUCUCGUCACCUCCACCACCACCACCAUCAGCUGCAGCUGCAGCAACAGCAUCUCGUCGAUCACCAGCACCAUCAUCACGAACUCACCAGUGCCGCUGCACACCACCAUCUGCAGCAGCAGCAGCAGCAACACCAGCAGCAACAGCAUCAGCAGUUCUCGACCGCCGCGCACCCGCACCACCCCCAGUACCUCCAGCAGCAGCAACAGCGGCAGCAGUUCUCGCCGGCCACGGCCGCGGUCACCGCGGCCGCAGCCGCCCUCACUCACCCGCACUAUCACCAGCACCAACAUCACCACCUGCAGCACCAACAACACGGCGUCAGCGACGGCGGCGGUGCCGGUGACGAUGACGACGACGACGUAGUGACGGCCGCCGCGGCGGCUGCAGCCGACAACGGUGGAUAUCCGUCGUCGGCGACGGCCGCUGCGGCCACAGCUGCGGCUUACGCGGCGGCGGCGGCGCUGUACGGCGGCAACUCCGGUGGCCAGGGACACCAUGGCGUCCAUCACCACGGUGGCCACCACCAGCAGUCGCAACAGCAGCACAUGUUACAGCCACCGGUCGUGCCGGGUGCACCGCACCAGCAACACGGCAUGCAACAACAGCACCACCACCAGAUGAUGGUGAUCGGCGGCACCGUUCCUUCGUUGACAACCGCACCACCGGCAUCCGACAGUCCUCCUACACCCGCCUUGAUGCAACUGAGAGCAGUUGCAGCCGCUGCAGCGGCCGCAGCGGCGGAUCCGGCCGCCGGAGCGGUGUUGUCGUCGCCAUCCGCCGGCAAGUCCAGGCGGACGGCGUCAUCGGUAGCCAUAAACGACGCAGUCGGCGGCAGCGGUGGCGGUGGAACAACUGGCCGUUGCGGCGGUGGUCGCGGCCGGGGUCGUAGGGCGGCGGCCGGUGGCGUUUCGGCUGCGGCCGCGGCGGCAUUGCAGCAGCAGCAACAGCAGCAGCAGCAGCCGUUACUAUUGCACCCACAACACACGCACCCACACCACCACCCGCACAUGCAACAGCAGCAAUUCGGCAGCGGCGGACCGCCGGUCGUGUCAGCGACGCCGGCCGCGGUGGCAACGGACCAGCAACAGAGCCCGCCGCUAGACAGAGUGUUCGUUUGGGACCUGGACGAAACCAUCAUCGUGUUCAACUCGUUAUUGACGGGCGGCUACGCGGUAGCUCACGGAAAGGACCAGCGGGUCAUGCAGCAGCUCGGGUACCGGAUGGAAGAGAUGAUAUUCACGUUGGCCGAUCAGAAUUUCUUUUUCAAUGAAAUCGAGGAGUGUGGUGGCGGUGACCAGGCGCAGCACAUCGACGACGCCGCGUCCGACGACAACGGCCAAGACCUGUCGGGCUACGACUUCGGUGCCGACGGGUUUUCCGCGUCCACGGCCUCCACCCAACACCACCAAAACCACUUUAUCAACCAGCACCACUUCAACAGCACCGGUGCCAGUGCUGGAAACAACCACCAGCAACACCUGCAGUACCACCAGCAGCAGCAACAGCACCAGCAACAGCAGCAACACCAUCACCCACACCAGCACCAGCAGUACCAGACGCAGCCGUAUCAGCAUCAGCAGCACCAACAGCACCAGCACCAUCACCUGAUGGGUGCCGGUGGCGGGGCAACGGCUGUCGCCAAUCCGUCGUCCACGGGUGGUCUGAGGGGUAGCGGCGGCUUGAGAGGUGGUACCGUUGGUGGCGGUUCCGGUGGCAGUGGUGGCGGCGUGGAUUGGAUGCGGAAGUUAGCGUUCCGGUACCGGCGGGUCAAGGAGUUGUACAACCAGUACCGGAACUCGGUCGGAGGGUUGUUAGGACCUGGCAAACGGGACGCUUGGCUUCAGCUCCGAAGCGACAUCGAAUUGCACACCGACGACUGGCUGACAAUGGCUGUCAAGUGCUUAAACGUCAUCAAUUCUAGGCCUAACUGUGUCAACGUUCUGGUCACCACCACGCACCUGAUACCAGCGCUGGCCAAGUUGCUUCUGUACGGGCUCGGACCACAUUUUGCCGUGGAAAACGUGUACUCGGCCUCAGGUGGCGGCGGAGGUCCAUCGACGGGUGGUGGCAAGUCCGGCGGCGGCGGCACUCCGGGGUCCGCGACUUCGACUGGAUCGUCGAAAGAAUCGUGCUUUGACAGAGUGGUGCAGAGAUACGGCCGGAAAUGCACUUAUGUGGUAAUUGGCGAUGGGGCUGAAGAGGAAAGGGCCGCCCGACAGAUGAAUUUUCCGUUCUGGCGGGUGUCCGGUCACAGUGACCUCCGGGCUCUGUACAACGCCCUCGACAUGGGAUUUCUCUAAGCUAAUCGGAAACUGCAGGAGCUUCAUCAGUGGCAACAUCGUCAGUGUCAGUAGCAGCAUCAUCAGUGUCAGUGAUAUCGUCGUCACAGUUGUCUUCGUGUGUAUAUAUUAUAAUAAUAAUAAUAUGUGUACGAUUCGACACAGUGACGACGUUAUGAUAGUAUUACAUAAUAUUUUAUAUUAUAAUUUAGUAGUAUUAAAUUGUCGCGUGUACAUAAUAAUAAUAUAUAUAUAAUACAAACUACACGAGUAUCGCGACAACGACGGUGUUAUGUACAUAAUUAAUUAGACGCGUGGUCGUAAAUUAUAUGUUUUAAAAUGUUUGUAUAUUAUUACGUUUUAUUAUUAUGUGUCUAAAUUAUUAUUUUUUUUUUUGGUGUGACUGUGAGUUCGUAUAUUUUGUUCUCACGUGUAAUAUUAUAUUAUUAUAUAUCAUUAUUACUCUGUACCGCUUGGAAUUUAUUGUAUUAUGUCUUCUAAAUUUUUUCUCGUGAAAUCGUCCCACUUUCUUUCCCCUGCUAUGGCCUAUACAGACGAUUAUAUACAAACUUUGUGUAAGCAAAUCUUAAAUUCGUUAUGUAUAUAGUAUAUUAUUAUGUAUUUUUUUUUCAUAUUUUCAUAUUUUAUUCCUAUAGUUUAUAUACUAUAUAAUAUGUUGUAUAUAUAAUAUUAUAUUGUACAAGCCGUUAUAUAUAAGGUACUCGUUAAUUAUCGCACUGUAGUAUACUGUAUCAUAAUACUGUGAUAAUAACGAUGACGACAGUUAUGAUAUACAGACAUUUUCAUCAGUUUUUCAGGUUUUUUAAUUAACAAUUAAAAACAUUAAAUUUCUUAACCGGAUUACGUUGGGCUGAAUUGGAACUUUUUCCACGAGCUAUAGUUAAUACCGCACGUUCAUAUAUAUAAAGAACAUUUCAAAUGUUUAACUCCCUCGAACACGAUGCAUGCCUAGUAAAACUUAUAUAUUUUUUUUAAUAUCGACACUUGUUUUUUGAAUUAGAUUUUCAAUCAAAUUUGAAUUAUCAUUAUUGUUAUUUAAUAAUUGAAAUUGUAUAGUAUAUAGAUACUUAAAUAAUAUAUUUUAUACUACAAGUUAAAUAUUAUUUAAUAUAAUAAUUCAGAAAAACAGUUUUACCUUACAUGCAUUUAUUUAAAUUGAUAAUAAUAAAUCGAAACAUAAAACGUAUUCGCGAUUAAAUUGGAAAUAAUUGUUUUUGCUCGAGAAAUAUUGACUGUAGAACGAUAAUAUUAUUUAGUUGACUAAAAAAAAGGCCUAUCAAAAUUUAAUAUAAAAAGAAGCGUUAAUAUAUAAAAGAAAGUUGAACUGUGCAUGCAACUACCUUUAUAAUAAUGUGCACAUAUUAUGUAAAUACCCAUUAGUUUAUCAAGAAAAAUUUCCCUGUUCAAUCCAACGUAAUCGGGUCGAAAAAUAUUUAAUGUUACUGAAAAAACUAUCGUACUGCUGUAUUUUAUAUUUUACUCUGCAGUGUAUAGUUAUUUCGACAUAUAACACAAUAACAAUAGUGAGUGUAGUAGUUCUAAGCGAAUUGCUUAAAGUUUUUGAUUAGUUUAAGUAAUUUUUACCAAGUAAAAUUUUAAUAUUUAAUAUUGUUUAAAUUAAAUUUAUUAUUCAACCUUGUAUUUUACCGAAAAUAUAAAAUUCAGUUUAAUGUAGGUAUAACUAUAAUUUCAUACGCUUUAUAUUUUUUGCAUUAUUAUGCUAUGGGCGUACCUACUAUUAUUAUAGUAGCCGACCGGUACUUUCUAUAAUAAGGGAAACUUGAAAUUUAAUUUUUCAAGUUUGAUUAUUUAAAAAUGUUAACGUAUUUAUAAUCAACUCUACCAUAGUGUGGCCUCAGUAUAACUAUUUUAUUUUAUUCUGUAAAAGUAAAAUUUUGCCAAGUGUAUCGAGUGUACCUACAUAUUUAAUAAAUGAAUAAAUCACAAUAUGAAAAUAGACAAUUUUAAAUAGUUUACUAGUUAUCUUCAGAAAUAAUGAAAAAAAAAAUUGUUACUUUUAAAAACUUUUGGAGAGACGUUAGAGACGUUAUACUCGUUAUAGGUACAUACAAUAUAUAUUAUUGUUAUAUUGUUAAUAAAACCUGGUAGGUGAUAAGUUGUUAUUUUGUAUUAUAAAUUGUUAUUCUAGUAAGGGUGUAUAAGCAUAUUAAUAAAAAAAAAGUUGAUAGUAGACAAUACGUAGGUAGCAUACACUACAUCAAAAAACUAUAGUGGGGAAUAGCAUAUCGAUCGAUAGUCGAAAAAAAAAUUAUCACUCAUUAUUUGUACCGGUCAAUAACUUUAAUUUUAUUUAAACUCUGCAAAUAAAAUAAUACCUAUUAGGUACCUAAAACACAUUUCCAUUAUAAUAUUAUAUAUUAUUUAUAUUGUAUAAUAAUUAUUACGAUUACUAAAGAAAAUAUAAAUUAUUAUGUAAUUAUA